CUUCAAACAAUGAAGCUGAUCCCCCGACAUGUCCUCUAAAAGAGGCAAGUAAGAAGCAAAGAGAUAUCUCGAGAAACCUGAAAAGUUGGUAUAAUUUCCAUCAAUUUCCCGAUCAGGCGCCAAACAUUCAAAAAUCAAAAUCCCACCCACUGUUUCUCUCAAACCCACUUUAAGUAAUAGCACUCAGUUUUCUCAAACCCACUUCCCCUUCUCUCUUUCCAAGCUCUCCUUCUCUCUCUCUCUCUGUGCAAGUCUCUGUUUUUUUUUUACUGGGUUUGUGAUGGUGCGUGCUAGAAAGAAGCCGAGAAGGGAGGAUGUGCAGGAAGAAUGUGCUGCUGAAGCAGCUGAACCUGUGGAGAAGGAGUUGAGCUGUGCUCCAAGUAUAGCCAGAGAUGAAGAUGGCAACGGUGAGGAGGUUCCGGCGAAGAAGAAACGUGGGAGGAAGAAGAAGAAUUUGUCUGCCCAGAAGAACGAGAAAGUUGAGGAAAAUAUUGGGUUCCAGUCAGAGCAAGGAAUUGUUGGGGAUUCAGAAUGUGCUGCUGAAGCAGCUGAACCUGUGGGGAAGGAGGUGAACCAUGCUCCAAGUAUAGAUAGAGAUGAAGAUGGUAACGGUGAGGAGGUUCCGGCGAAGAAGAAACGUGGGAGGAAGAAGAAGAAUUUGUCUGCCCAGAAGAACGCGAAAGUUGAGGAAAAUAUUGGGCUCCAGUCAGAGCAAGGGAUUGUUGGGAAUUCAGAUGAAGAGAUGAUUCUGAAGAAGCCAGUGAAGAAGCGUGGCAGAGUUGGAGUUGCGAAGAAGGAUACUGAAGAUGCGAUUAUGGGAAACGAGAAGGUUAAAAAUGGUGAAAAGUUGGAACUUUCUUCAGGAAGGAGCACAGGGACUCAGAGAGUUUAUUCCUUGAGGGCUAAAACCCAUCUUAUUCCAAAACAAGAGACUGCCAAGAUAAAUAAGCAGAAUCCUAAAUGGAUUGAAGAGGUGUCCUUGAUGUGCCAUCAAUGUCAGAGGAAUGAUAAAGGCCGGGUUGUUCGGUGCAAGAAUUGCAAGAGGAAACGAUAUUGUAUCCCCUGCUUGAGUACAUGGUAUCCUAAUACAGCAGAAGAGGCUAUUGCCGAAGCGUGUCCAUUUUGCCGUGGAAAUUGCAAUUGCAAAGCAUGCUUGCGGUUGGACACACCUAUUAAAAAUUUGAACUUAGAAUUGAUAGUCAGUGAAGACGAGCAGUUUGAGCACUAUAAGUAUGCGCUUCAAACACUUCUUCCAUUUCUGAAACGACUUAAUGAGGAACAAAUAAUUGAGAAGGAAAUGGAGGCUAAAAGACAAGGGUUAUCACUUCCAGAGUUAAAGGUAAAACAAGCAGAUUGCAGUAUUGAUGAGCGUAUGUACUGUGACAACUGCAAAACCUCCAUUUUUGAUUUUCAUAGAAGCUGUCCUAGAUGUUCAUUUGAUCUUUGCCUUACCUGUUGCCGGGAGAUACGUGAUGGAAACCUGCAGGGAGGUGAGGAGGAAGUGAUUAUGCAGUAUAUUGACCAGGGGCUUGACUAUUUGUUUGGUGAAAAUGGAAAAGAAGUGAAAUUACCUUCUGAGACUAGCCCUAUGGAUCAUAUAAAGUCCAAAUCUGGGUGGGAAGCAAAAGAAGAAGGUAGCGUUCCUUGCCCACCAGAAGACAGGGGUGGUUGUGGUCAUGGUAUUCUAGAAUUGAAAUGUAUGUUCUCAGGAGAUCUGGUUGCAGGGUUGGUGCGAAAAGCUGAAGAAAUAGCCAGAACUUAUAAACUUAUGGAUGUGGCUGCAACUCCUUUACAGCGUUGUUUGUGUUUCAACUCGGUGGGUGAAGUUGACUUAAGCAAUGAUAAGUUAAGGAAAGCUGCAUCUCGAGAAGAUUCUGAUAACUAUUUGUAUUGCCCGAGGGCCCAAGAUAUACAACAUGGGGAUUUGAAGCAUUUCCAGUGGCAUUGGAGCAGAGCUGAGCCUGUUAUUGUGAGCAAUGUGCUUGAAUCUGCAUCUGGUUUAAGCUGGGAACCACUGGUCAUGUGGCGUGCAUUCCGUCAGAUUGAAAAUACCAAGCAUAAAAGGGAGUUGGAAGUUAAGGCUAUUGAGUGCUUGGAUUGGUGUGAGGGCAUUAUCAAUAUCCAUGAGUUCUUUACUGGCUAUACACAUGGUCGGGUUCAUGGUUGUGAAUGGCCCCAGAUACUGAAACUGAAAGACUGGCCUCCAUCUACGUUAUUUGAGGAACGCUUGCCGCGUCAUGGUGCUGAGUUUAUCUGUUGCUUGCCCUUUAAGGAGUAUACACAUCCACGUAACGGCCCUUUAAACAUUGCUGUCAACUUGCCUAAGGAAUCUCUAAAGCCAGAUAUGGGUCCAAAGACCUAUAUUGCUUAUGGAGUUGCUCAGGAGCUUGGCCGUGGAGACUCUAUCACUAAGCUUCAUUGUGAUAUGUCUGAUGCAGUAAAUAUUUUGACACAUACUGCUGAAGUGCCCCUUAAACCUGAGACGCUUACAAGGAUAGAGGAGGUAAAAAAGAAGCACUUUGAGCAAGACCAGAAAGAAAUCUUUGAGGAUUUUCAGGUUGUGGAUGAAAACAUCGAGGAUAACAUUUCUUCUGGUGGGUCUUGUACAGUUACUGCCAAUGAUAACGUCUUUAGUGUUGGAUUUCGGGAUCAAAACACAUGUGUAACUGUUAAAGAGCUGGCAGAUCCUAGUGUUGGACUUGAUGGUGAUUCAAGGAUGAAUGAGAAAGACUUUUCAAGGGGAUCAGAGCUGGAAAAGACUAAAGAGCCAAAAGUGGAUCAAGUUAACAAUGGUGGGAGUGGUCCUACAAUUUCUGGAAACAAGUUGGAAUCUUUAGAAACUUCUGAGGGUGGUGCCCUCUGGGACAUUUUCCGGAGACAAGAUGUUCCUAAGCUGCAGGAAUAUCUUAAGAAGCACUUCAGGGAGUUCAGGCACAUCCAUUGUUGUCCAUUGCAGCAGGUUGUUCACCCUAUACACGAUCAAACCUUUUAUCUGACUGUGGAGCACAAAAGAAAGCUCAAGGAGGAAUAUGGAAUUGAACCAUGGACAUUUGUCCAAAAUCUUGGAGAUGCUGUCUUCAUUCCUGCUGGCUGUCCUCAUCAAGUAAGAAACUUAAAGUCAUGCAUAAAGGUUGCACUUGACUUUGUCUCACCUGAAAAUGUUGGCGAGUGCAUCCGUUUGACUGAAGAAUUCCGUACACUUCCCCAAAGUCAUAGGGCUAAGGAGGACAAAUUGGAGGUGAAGAAAAUGAUUGUUCAUGCUAUGAGCCAGGUUGUCAAAAGUUUGGAGCAGAAACCAAGGUGACUGCGGUUUCUGCCUCGGAAGAUUCAGAGUAGGCUCAACUUCAUUGGCGAAUCACGCAUAGAAAUCACGUACCGUUUUGUCAAGGCCUUGCCCUCUGUGAUCAAAUCAAAUUAGAUUUGUAGUCAAAUCUCAUAAUAUCAAAUCCCGUAAGAUAUUCUAACACUCCCUAACCCAGUUUAUGAUAAUCUUUUUUGUUGCCUAGAAACAUCAGAUGAUGCUUGUUGGGAGUAGGAAACAGGGCAGUUAAAUGUAUACAAGCAAAAACCAUGUGGAUAAUGUUUGCAGCCAUAUCUAUUUUUGAUUGGUUGUAUGAAUUAUCAUGCAAUGGUUAGAAUAUGGUUGUAAGCAGUGGCAUCUGUGAUUGGGUUU